AUGAUUCCUCUGCAACUUGUCAUCAUCACUUUCACAAUCCUGUCUCUGCGAUCCGCCUACUCCCAGCAGUAUUAUGACCACACUCCAUGCUCCUUCCACACCACCAAUCCCGCCUCCGCCGGAACCUCCUGCCCCACAUUCAUCGUCUACAGAGCCAACCGCCACUUCUCAACCGUCUCCGCCAUCUCAACCCUGUUCCAAACCGACUCCCGCACCUUACUCUUCCUCAACCCUAACGUCUCCGCUCCGUCGCAGCCUCUCCCCUCCGGCCACGAACUCCUCGUCCCGGUCACGUGCUCCUGCGCCGCCGAUCGCUUCUACCGCUCCUACUUCACCUACACCGCCACUCAAAACACCUCAAUUUCAGAAAUCGCCUGCGCCUUUGACGAAGGUCUGGUUAAGUCCGACGCGUUAACGGCGGAAAAUCACGCCCGCAGUAACGGCGUUACUGCUGGCUCGACGCUCCGUUUGCCUCUCAAGUGCGCUUGUUUGGAUGAAGUUUUCGAAAAUGAUCCAGUUAAAUAUCUCGUCGCCUACCCUCUCAUCGAAGGAGACAGCACCCAAAAAGUGGCGGGAAAAUUCAACGUUGCAGAGGAGGAGAUAUGGAGGUUCAACCGCAUGGAUCCGUUCGAGCCGCCGGUGUUUCCUAACACGACGGUUUUAAUUCCGGUAAGAGACGAGCCGUUGAUCAAUUUCAGCAUUCCUGAUGCAGAUCCGUCGAAGCUUCAGUUCCUGCCUGUAGAUUGA